AUGUCGAAUAGGAAGGAUCACGGUCUGAAGCAGCACGGACUGUCGGAUGACGCUGUGGAGGCUGGACACGACUUCAUCCACGAUGCUGAGGUCGAGGAGGAGAGGAGACACAGCGGUGACGCGGCCGCGAUGCCUUCCAUGGCCUCCACCAUGGAGCAGGCCAAGAAGAAGGUCGGAUUGGAGGCAUCAAAAAUUGCAGAGCAGCUUCCUGGCAAAGAUAAACUGGACAAGAAAGCUUGA